AUGGAUACCAACAUACUCCUAAAAUGGUUUAUCAUACUGCGCACUGGGAGUCAUAUUUUCGCUGUGGACAUCGAGACUUUGAACAAUUCAAUUCCAAUAGAUGAAGAAUAUGCACAAAUACUUAUGAUGCUACUCCGAGGAGAUGAAGUACGAACAGACAGAGGGAGAUUGCCUCCUCCAGAAAUACCGUCACUCCCAGUUGGGUUUAACAUACCGAAGUGUGGAGCAUUACGAGACCCGGGGGCUAUUAAUUUAGAUUUGUGUUUCAUCAUUCAACUGUCUUGCCACAUAAGUUUAACCGAGAUAGAGCAAGCAAAGAGCAUCAUGUACCAGACUGCAGAGCGGUUGGGAUCUUUUGUGUCCAUAGCAGUGGUCGCGUAUAGCGACGAUGCCGAAGAAAUUAUUGAGUUUCAAGAAAACGGGGGUGAUUUCCUCGAUGCUGUUGAGAAGAUAAAACGUAAACCAGAUAACUGUCGACAUUGCAACGCGAAUACAGAUAUUGCUCUUAACCUUUGUGGUGAUAUUCUGCGAAAUAAAGGAAGACCUGAUAACAUAUACCCGAAUGCUAUUAUGAUCUUCACGGAUGGUGUAACAAUGAAGUCAAAAUUUACAAUGGACAGAGAUAGAAGAAGAACCAUUAAAGCUGCUGAUAUGAAUGCCUUGGAUGGUGCAACCACUAUAGUUGGAAUGUUCAACAAUACUGAUGGCCACUUUACUGGAGAGAAGGAAUGGAACGCAAUUAAUUCACCGAGCACGAGAGACGGCGUCGCAAAGUUAAUGCCAUUCCCCGUAUCUGACACCUCGGGAGCCUUCCAGUUGGACGACGGUCUUUAUAUUGAUGUAUUUGCUGAUCAUGCUGCACGCCCUGCGCCGAGUGACUUAUACAUGGCUCUUCCUGGAUGUGCAAAGCCUUGUAUACAGUUUUCGGAUGUGGUUAUAAUUAUCGACAGAUCUCUAAGCAUCCCCGUAAACGAUCUUGCACUAGUCAUCAAGUUCUUCAAGUCAUUCAUAGAAAAUUCGGACAUUAACUACGAAUCUGGUCUUCAGGUUGCGGUGAUAUCGUACAAUUCUAAAGUAAUGAUACAUGCAGAUUUCGGAAAGAAUUUCUCAAAAGCUGAACUUUUACAAAAGAUGGACGAUAUACCAGUUAGAACUGCAAAAUACACGGACACAGCAUCUGCUUUCAUUUAUGCCCGUCACAUCAUUAAAAGAGGCGCAAGAGAAGGAUCAAGACGUAAUAUUAUUUUAGCAACGGAUGGGAGAUCCAGGGGUCCAGGUGAUAGUGGACCAGAUUCCACUUUGACUAUCAAAUUGGCAAACAUAAUCAAAGCGGAUAACACUACUAUAUAUGCAUUAGGUCUUCCAAACAAAAACUUAAUAGAUGGACUUGAAGAAUGGAAUAGUAUUGCCAGUGAACCACUUGGUUGCACAGUCAUUAACAUGCAACAGGAAGGGUUUGGAUUCAAAGAUCUUUUCCUUGUUGGGGUGAUGUUAACUAAUGAAUUAUGUAAAGAUGAUAUCUCACAGUCGCCGUGUGGAUUCAAUGCGACCGAAGCACCACAAAGAAACUUCACUCACUGGUUAGACUAUUGAUCUGUGAUCUGGAAUCAUAUGGUUUAUAACGUAACAGAUCAGAGAUGGCAUAUUGAGAAUGCCUAUGAUGUUCAGGGA